AUGAGGCAACUCCAUCUCAAACAUCUCACCAACUCUACGGUACUCACCAUGGCCGGCAACAUCCUUCACAAGUGGUUCCCCACCACCAAACUUCCCCUGGUCAUCAGCGCCCCGAUGUUCACCGUGGCAAAUGGUGCACUCGCCGCCGCAGUAACUCAAGCCGGAGGCCUCGGCAUGGUCCCGGCAGGAAUGGACCCCAGCGCCAACUCGCCCCACCUCGCCGCCCUGGAUGAGCAGCUCUCCAUCGCCAGCCGCCUCCUGAACCAUCACCCCCCAGACACCGCCACACCCCUCCCGAUCGGCGUCGGCUUCCUCACGCUCCUGGCCACGCCGGACGCCUACCGCGCCAACGCGCUACCCAUCCUGCGCCGCCACCGCCCGGCGUUCGUGUGGCUGUUUGGCUCGGACCCCGCCGAGCCCGCGUACGGCGAGUUCGUGGCGCUGUUCCGCGACGCCGGCGCCGAGUGGGGCAUGCGCGUGUUUGCGCAGGUCGGGUCCGUCGCGGCCGCGCGGCAGGUCGUGCGCUGCGGCGUCGACGUCGUGGUCGCGCAGGGCUGCGACGCCGGCGGCCACCAGUGGGCCGAGGCGGCCAGCGUCAUGACGCUUGUCCCCGAGGUAGUGGAUGCGUUGCGCGGGCAGGCGGUUGCCGUCGUGGCGGGCGGGGGCAUCAUGGAUGGCAGGGGGGUUGCGGCGGCGCUGGCGCUGGGUGCGGAUGGCGUUACCAUGGGCACUAGGUUUGUUACCUGUGACGAAGCAGACUCCAACGCGUUCGUCCGGAAAGCCAUCCUGAAUGCCAGCGAUGGUGGUUCCACAACCGCAAGAUCCUCCAUGAACGACGCAAUCAUGGGCUAUCCGACAUGGUCAAAGUUGUACGCCGGCAGGGUGAUCAGGCACCCAGGUCUCCAAGACCUUGCGAAUGGUGUCCCGUUGCACGAGGUCCACGAGUCUUUCAAGAAGGCCGUGGCAGAAGGCGACGAGACAAGAAUGGUGACAUUUGCUGGUACCGGUGUCGGUCUAGUUCACAAGUCGCAGUCUGCUGGCGAGAUUGUCAAAGAGGUCCGGUCAGAGGCUCUGGCUGUUAUCGAUAAACUUCAAGGCAGCUCAUGA